UUGCCGCGAGCUUGUUCCGGUAUGAGGGCAGGAUCGUGCGCAUAGACUGCAGCUCCUCGCCUUUUCUCCCCCCACCGACUCGCACCUCCCGACGAGAAAAGCCCACCGUGCCGAUAAUGGAUUUUACAACUUGAUGAUUCCCCUUUCGGUCGGCCGGACGGAAUAAACAGUCGGUGUAGCGACAAGAAGGACUGCUAUAUCGCCACACUGCAGUGCAGCACUGGUGAACGACCUUAUUCCAAUCACGCAACACAAGGAAGAGCGCCGGUGAUUUCCGUGGAUUUUGAGUUUCGUGGGCUGCUCUGUGGCAGUCGCCGCCGCUGCGGGCGCUGGGGGAAUAAGCUAACUAGCUAGCUCUGCCUCGAAAGAAACGCCGAAUUUUGCUAGCUAAAUGGGCUAAUGUCGAGCAGCUAGCGCAACAAAUUAAUUCGUGUUUCUCACCUGCCAUGUGACCGUUUUACGAGGUGCUGCUUUUAUUUUUCGGAUACCCAACCCGCGGAUAUCUCACUGGGAAUAUCUUGAAUUGUUUUGCGUGAGUUGGGAAGGUCGAGACCUCGCCGGGAAUAACUUUGGCCCUGAAAGUUUGUGGACCCCGGACCUGUUUUCAGCCCCGAAAGGAAACAUCUCUGCCCACCAAAAAAAGAGAAAGACAGACCACGACAUUACGUUAUGAAAACGACGCUGGAUUAACGUUUGUUGUAGAUUUCGGCGACAGUCGGGGCUUCCUCGGACGUUAGUUAGCAGCCUCACAGGUUAGCAUGUUAGCUGCCUAAUUGAACCUUGUCUGCUCCAAUACAACCAACUUUUCUUCAAGCUAGCACAAGUAGCUAGCUGGCCAAAACGUCACUGUUAGCUCGGGUCCAGUGUCUGUGUUCUCUGAUCGCUGUCGACGCCGAUAGAUGCUAAUUGGGAACUGGAUGUUUUCAAAAACAACCUGAAGAAAACCUCGGCUUUUCCUGUUUUCUGCUUGUUGACAAACAUGGGACGUGCGGUCGCCGCUAGCUAGUUUCCAGCUAGCUGGCUAACUCGGCUAGCCGCUGAUGUGGGAUUCAACUUGUUGAUUCACAGGUUAUCUGUCGCGCUGCUAGCUGGCUAGCACUGGACAUCUGUUGGAAAUCUCCUUCUGCCAUCAGCCACACGAGUUUUAAAUGCACAAGAGACACUGACGAGUCGUGCUUGUUUCACAGUUCCUUUUCCCUUUUUGGCAACUCGCAAGUCUUUGAAAAAUGUCAACAAGGAUCCCACUGGUGCAAGUCAUUGAAAAUACGGCCGGGCAGGAGUCCAAGUCUGGCCGCUCCAGCAUGCCGCGAUGUCGGAACUCCGUCGCCACGACCACAUCAGACGAGCAGCCGCACAUCGGUAACUAUCGGUUAUUGAAAACCAUCGGCAAAGGCAACUUCGCCAAGGUCAAACUGGCACGACAUGUCCUCACUGGAAAAGAGGUGGCUGUAAAGAUCAUAGAUAAGACACAGCUCAACUCCUCCAGUUUGCAGAAGCUCUUUCGGGAGGUGAGGAUCAUGAAGAUGUUGAAUCAUCCCAACAUAGUCAAGCUCUUUGAGGUGAUAGAGACAGAGAAGACUUUGUACCUGGUAAUGGAGUACGCCAGUGGAGGAGAGGUCUUUGAUUACUUGGUGGCCCAUGGCAGGAUGAAGGAGAAAGAAGCCCGUGCCAAAUUCAGACAGAUUGUGUCAGCGGUGCAGUAUUGCCAUCAGAAGUGUAUAGUACACAGAGACCUCAAGGCAGAGAACCUGCUGCUGGACGCAGACAUGAACAUCAAGAUAGCAGACUUUGGCUUCAGUAAUGAGUUUACUCUGGGGAACAAGCUGGACACUUUCUGCGGCUCCCCGCCCUAUGCAGCGCCAGAGCUCUUCCAGGGCAAGAAGUACGACGGGCCGGAGGUGGACGUCUGGAGCCUGGGAGUGAUCCUCUACACACUGGUCAGCGGCUCGCUGCCCUUCGACGGACAAAACCUCAAGGAGCUGAGAGAGCGUGUGCUGCGUGGUAAAUACAGGAUUCCUUUCUAUAUGUCCACCGACUGUGAGAACUUGCUCAAAAAGUUCCUCAUCCUGAACCCUUCCAAAAGAGGCAGCCUCGAGCAGCAGAUAAUGAGGGACCGGUGGAUGAAUGUGGGCUACGAGGAGGACGAACUCAAACCCUACAUUGAACCUCAGCCAGAUUAUAAGGACCCCAGGAGGACAGACAUUAUGCUGCAGAUGGGAUUCUCUCAGGAGGAGAUCCAGGACUCGCUGGUGAACCAGAAGUAUAAUGAUGUGAUGGCUACAUACCUGCUUCUGGACUAUAGGAACUCUGAGCUGGAUGAAGGCUGCAUCAAGCCCCGACCAGGAAGUGAUGUAAGCAACAUAAAUGCCCCCUCCCCGCCUCACAAGGUACAGCGCAGUGUGUCGUCCAACCCGAAGCCUCAGAACCGCAGAGCCACUGACCAGGGCUCCUCCUACUCCAAGAGGGGAGGCCAAGGAGACAACCGGUCUGCAGCAGAGGACUCUGGGAGGAAGAGUUCAUCAGGCAGCUCCACUACCAAGGUGCCGGCCAGCCCUCUGGUCUCCUCAGACCGCAAGAAGAGCGCCACGCCCUCCACCAAUAGCAUCCUGUCCACCGGUACAGGUCGCAGUCGGAACUCUCCUCUGACUGAGAGAGCCACGCUGGGCCAGGGCAUCCAGAACGGCAAGGACAGCCUAAACACUGCGGGCUCCCGAGCCUCCACUGCCUCGGCCGCUGCCGUCCUCUCCUCCUCCUCCUCCUCCUCGCGUCCCCGUCACCACAAGUCCCUGUCCUCCUCCAAUCAUCCAUGCCCCUCUGACCUGCACGCACCACGGUCCAGUGCCCAGCAACAGCGGGCACCUGUUCCCUCUCCUUCUGCCCACAACAUCAGCACCGCCGCUGUGUCGGACCGUGCCAACUUCAAGAGAGGGGAGGGCAUCCGCAACACUUUCCACGCAGGCCAGCAGCGGGGCGCCCGGGACCAGCAGGGCUCCGCCUACGUCGGCGGGCCUGCUUCCCCAUCGCUGUCACAUGGCAACAGCCAGGCCCGGAGGACACACGGCGCCACGGGGAUUUUCAGCAAGUUCACAUCCAAGUUUGUACGCAAAAAUCUCUCGUUCAGGUUUCCGAGAAGGUCCGUGCUGAGCAGUACAGUGGACAAGUCGGAGAAGACGUCCGGUGGCGUUCUGUCCUCCUCUUCCAACAACGACGAGAACAACUCCUCACCAGGAUCUGGAAACACCGGUGGCACCGGCACUCCUCCCGCCAUCGCCAGCCAGAAGGACGCGGCCAAGCCGCGCUCGCUGCGCUUCACCUGGUCCAUGAAGACCACGUCGUCCAUGGAGCCCAUGGAGAUGAUGCGCGAAAUCCGCAAGGUGCUCGACUCCAACAGCUGCGAGUACGAGCUGCGCGAGCGCUACAUGCUGCUGUGCGUGUCGGGAAACCCGGCGCGCGACGACUUCGUCCAGUGGGAGAUGGAGGUCUGCAAGCUGCCGCGGCUCUCCCUCAACGGCGUGCGCUUCAAGCGGAUCUCGGGCACGUCCAUCGCCUUCAAGAACAUUGCCUCAAAGAUCGCCAACGAGCUCAAACUGUGAGUGCGGAGGAGCAGCAAGAAGAGGGUGGAGGGUUGGAGGUGGAGGGGGGGAGACGGGGAGGAUGAUGCUGUAGGUGGAGGUCAGGAGGUAAGCUAAAGGGUGGGAUCACUUUAAACAACAUGAUUGUUCUGUAGACAGGUCUGACGUAGGGCUACUGCUUCUCUGAGGCUAGAAAACGUUUCUUUUCUAGGAGUUCUGUUCCUCACGUUGGUGCGGCCCUGCCGUUAGAGACUCUGGUUUCCUCUGAGUUGUGAAGAAGUACUUACAGACCGAGGUCUUCUCUCUUUCUGUCACGUUCUACUUAGACGUUCCACUCUUCUGCAUGUCCGAUCUUCUCUCUCUGUUUUUUAGGAGUCACACUUUGAUCACUUUGACCACUCCUGUCAUUUCUUUCUGCUAUUUAUUCAGUUUCUCUGCACGGUCCUGCUGCCAGCUCUUUGUUUUUGUUUGUUGUUUCAGCGGGUGGAGGUGGAGGGUGGAGGGGGUGUUGGAUGGAGCGAGCAGAGGAACGCUGAGAAACAAAACUCUGAAUGAUUGACGGAAAGUUCAGGUUGUGAACGUGGAGCCUUAUGAUGCUGGAAGUGAGUUUUGAUUGUUCUGAUUGUGUAAACCUGAACGGACUCCAGUCACACGUUAGAGGACCGAGGACGGACCGCUGCUGCCGUCAAAGGUUGAAGGACCUUCUCCACCUUCUGCCCGCUCCCCUAAACGAACAUUCAGGCCCCGCCUCACCCACACAGACCUCCCUCUCUUCCCCUGAUUUCAGACUGAACUCAGCACAAACACAUCCACCUUUUCACCUUUUCACUCCUUUUUUUUUUUUUUAAUCCUCUCCCACCGUCAAGUCUGAGGAGGCCAGUUCGAUUUCAAUCCUGCGGGCUUUUAACUGUUUUAUUUUUAAUUCUUCUUUUGUGGCUUUUAAAAAGAAUUGUGCACUGGAAAAAGAGGGGCAUAUUUGAACCCGGGGAGGAGGUGAGGAUGGAUUUUACGUUGCCUUUCUUUGAAGAAUUAAACUUGAGGGUUCUCGUCAAGCGCGUGAACGCUCAGAUUUAUUUUGUUUUAGUUUUUUUUAAACGUUGGUAUCACUCGGUUGGCAUCGCGCCUUCAUAUCCAGAAUGUCAACCCGGAAACCGACGCAUUUCUCACCCCAAAGAGCGAAACAAAAAGGUGUCGUUAAGUCCUGAGUGUGUUAUAGAAGAUCACUGGAAAAACAGCAACAAAAAAACCCAACAGAAAUCGACGACGACGAAUGGUGAAUUAUUUUCUUCCUCUGCUUUUGAUUUGAUAAUAUAUUUUUGUGUCGUUGGAGAAGUUGUUCGGGGGUUUGUACAGAUUUUCAGGAGAGAAGAACGGAGGUUGGGGGUGUGAAGGGCCACAUCGGAUCAUAUCAUUGCUGCCUUUUCGGUGUCGUGCACCUUUUUGACACAUUUAACUUCUUCCACGCCAGAUUGGACCUUCCCUUCCGGAUAUCGAUGUAUUUAAUGUUCGAGGUGGCGGUGACGACUACUGCUCAUUUUUUGCUCGUUUUUAUUUCCUCCUCCUCCUCCCGUCUGUCAUUUUUGUUUUAUUUUUAUUCACUUUUUAAAGGCCUUGUCAGUCCAGGAUGGCUUUAAGCAGAGAGAAAAAAAGCAGAAGUCGCUUCCAGAUUUGUCGAUGACACAAACGAGGGUGGGAGGAAACACAAAAAAAAGGCUGGUUGUACCUAAAUUAACACUUUUCUUUCUAUCACAAUGACACACUGUCGUUUUUUUUUUUUUUUCCUCAGUUUUUAAUACGUCAGAAUUUUUCUUUUAAAAAGUUGAUUAUUGUAUUAAGGUGCUGGGUAUUGGAUUCUAAUUAUUAUUCUGGCUGUUGCUGUUAUAUUAUCUCUUUCAGGGUUGAUUUUAUUUUACAUUAUUUCGUUUUACAUUGCUGUAAUUUACAUUGAUUUUAAAUGUGUUUUGAGCAAACUGUAACUGUAGUGGUGGGUUUUUUGGGGUUGGGAGGGGUGAUCAACUCCUGAAAAAAUGUAUUAUUUGUUUGUUUUUUUUGUGCAAAGACAAAAUGAUGAAAAAUUACAAUGAUAGUAAUAAAAACAAUGAUAUAAUGAUA